AUGGAGGAGAUCAAAGAUUGUAUUGCCCAUUUGAGGAACUAUUCAGAGCAGCAGAGGACUGAGACAAAUGACAAUGAACAUGAAAUUUGUGAUGAUGAAGACAAUGAACAUGAAAGUUGUGACGAUAAACACAAUGACAAUGAAAGUUGUGAAGAUAAAGACAAUGACAAUGACAAUGACAGUUGUGACGAUGAAAACAAUGAACAUGAAAGCUGUGAUGAUGAAGACAAUGACAACGAAAGUUGUGACAAUGAAGACAAUGACAAUGAAAGUUGUGACGAUGAAGACAAUGACAAUGAAAGUUGUGACGAUGAAGACAAUGACAAUGAAAGUUGUGACGAUGAAAACAAUGACAAUGAACAUGAAAGUUGUGACAAUGAAGACAAUGACAAUGAAAGUUGUGACGAUGAAGACAAUGACAAUGAGAGUUGUGACGUUGGAGACAAUGACAACGAACAUGAAAGUUGUGAAGAUAAAGACAAUGACAAUGACAAUGACAGUUGUGACGAUGAAAACAAUGAACAUGAAAGCUGUGAUGAUGAAGACAAUGACAACGAAAGUUGUGACAAUGAAGACAAUGACAAUGAAAGUUGUGACGAUGAAGACAAUGACAAUGAAAGUUGUGACGAUGAAAACAAUGACAAUGAACAUGAAAGUUGUGACAAUGAAGACAAUGACAAUGAAAGUUGUGACGAUGAAGACAAUGACAAUGAGAGUUGUGACGUUGGAGACAAUGACAACGAACAUGAAAGUUGUUAG